AUGAUCACUAAAAAUACUACCGACCAGGUCGAUGUGCUCAUUAUUGGGGCCGGGCCGGCAGGCUUGAUGAUGGCAGCUUGGAUGAGCGCCUGUGGAAUCAAGACCCGUAUUGUCGACAAGAGAGGCACCAAGAUCUUCAAUGGCCAGGCGGACGGCCUCCAAUGCCGAACACUGGAGAUAUUCGAUUCGUUCGGCUUUGGCCAUCGAGCAUGGCGUGACGCCAAUCACAUGCUCGAGAUAUGCCUGUGGAAUCCCAAUUCUGAGGGAGUGAUCCAGCGAAGUGAUCGCAUUGCCGAUACGAUUCCUGGUAUCAGCCAUUUCCAACAGUGUGUCCUCCACCAAGGCCGGAUCGAGCGCUACUUUCUAGACACGAUCAGUAAAUCAGGAAUUUCGGUGGAACGGGGUGUUAUGCCAACGAAAAUGGAAUUUGACGAGUCUCUCGCCGAAGAGGCAGAUGCUUAUCCUAUCACGAUAACGUUACGACAUCUGAGUGAAGAGGAGGCGACGCCAAAACAGUCUGCAACCUCAGCGAAUGGCGCUGGCAUCGAAGAUGGAUUGUUUCGCAGUAACAUGGCGGCUGAUGACACAGAAGACAUCAUCCGAAAGGCUGAACUCAAUAACAAGGCCAACACGGUGGAGGUAGUGAAGGCGAAAUAUGUCCUUGGUGCGGAUGGAGCACACUCCUGGGUACGCAACCAGCUGGGCUUUAAACUUGAAGGAGAGUCGACAGACUACAUCUGGGGUGUACUAGACAUCAUUCCGAUCACUGAUUUCCCAGAUAUCCGCAUGAGAUGUGCAAUUCACUCUGCCAGUUCAGGGAGUGUCAUGGUCAUCCCUCGAGAAAACAAACUGGUGCGCCUUUAUAUUCAGCUUACUACUACCAAUGCCGAAGGUGGUCAGAAAUUUGAUCGAUCACAGAUCACACCAGAGUACAUUCUGGCGUCAGCUCAAAAAAUCAUGGCGCCUUACAAGAUCACGUACCGUUAUUGCGAUUGGUGGACCGCAUAUCAGAUUGGACAGAGAGUCGGAACCAAUUUCAGUACACGAGAACGAAUUUUCUUGGCUGGGGAUGCAGUCCAUACACAUAGCCCAAAAGCUGGUCAGGGCAUGAAUGUCAGUAUGCAAGAUGUCAAAGCAUAUAAUCUAGGUUGGAAAGUCGCGAGUGUAGUCAAGGGUCAAUCAGAUCGAUCGAUUCUGAAGACCUAUCAGUCCGAACGUCGACGAAUUGCACAGGACCUCAUCGAUUUUGACCACAGGUUCUCGAGAUUAUUCUCUGGUCGACCGGCGAAAGAUGUCAUGGACGAGGAAGGUAUUAGUAUGGCCGAAUUCAAAUCUGCAUUCGAGAAAGGCAAUCUCUUUGCAAGUGGCACUGCUGUAAAUUAUGGCAAGAGCAUCAUCGUUGUGAAGGAGGGAGAUGCCGCUGAACAAGGAGAUGGAUCCGAUGUUGCAACCAAGGAUAAAUCCUUGCAGAUUUCUAGUAAGGAAUCGCUAGCCACCAAACUCACCAUCGGUAUGAGGAUACCGAGCUUCAAAGUCCUCAAUCAGGCAGAUGCCAGACCCUGGCAAUUCCAAGAAUUAUUGAAGAGCAACGGUACAUGGAGAGUCAUCGUCUUCGCCGGCAACCUUGGAUCACCCCGUCAAGCAGAGAAGCUCGCUACUAUUGGCAAAUCUCUUGGAGGACACGAAUCUUUUGUGCGACGAUUCGGUCCCAAGCCCAAUAAGAAUGAAACAGUGUUCGAGAUUUUGGGUGUCCAUGCGGGCAGACGUCAAAAGACCACAAUUUUCGAUUUCCCCGAGAUUUUCAGGACUUUCGACGAGCGAGAUGGAUGGGACUACUCCAAAAUCCUGGUUGAUGAUGAAUCGUAUCAUGAAGGGCAUGGGCAUUUGUAUGACAACUACGGCAUUGACCCAGAAGAAGGCUGUGUUGUCGUUCUUCGCCCUGAUCAAUACAUUUCGUAUAUUGGGCCGGUCGACGAUUAUGAGUCGCUGGACAAGUUUUUCUCGAGCUUCAUGAUUGUCCAAGCGGACCCAUAG